AUGUGUAUUUUCUUUCUUCAGUUCUGGGAGGUGAUUUCUGUUGAACAUGGAAUUGAUCCUUGUGGCAUCUAUCAUGGCAACAGUCAACUCCAACUUGAGAGAUCUUAUGUCUACUUCAAUGAAGCAACAAGUGGCAAAUACGUUCCUCGUGCAGUACUUUUGGAUUUGGAACCAGGAACUAUGGAUUCCGUUCGUUCAGGGCCUUUUGGGGCACUUUUCCGACCAGACAAUUUUGUCUUUGGGCAAACUGGUGCUGGAAAUAACUGGGCCAAAGGACAUUACACAGAAGGGGCAGAACUUGUUGACACAGUACUUGAUGUGAUACGCAAAGAAUGUGAGGGUUGUGAAUGUCUUCAAGGAUUCCAAAUGACUCAUUCUCUAGGAGGGGGAACAGGAGCUGGUAUGGGAACUCUGCUGAUCAGUAAAAUACGAGAGGAGUACCCAGACAGGAUUAUGACAACAUUUUCUGUUAUGCCUUCACCAAAGGUAUCCGACACAGUUGUUGAACCCUACAAUGCUACACUGUCAGUCCACCAAUUAGUAGAGAACACAGAUGAAACCUUUUGCAUUGACAAUGAAGCUCUUUAUGACAUCUGCUUUCGCACACUGAAACUCACAAACCCCACUUAUGGAGACUUGAAUCAUCUUGUCUCAGCUACAAUGUCUGGCGUUACCACCUGUCUACGAUUCCCUGGUCAGCUAAAUGCAGAUUUACGAAAACUUGCAGUCAAUAUGGUUCCUUUCCCUCGUCUACAUUUUUUCAUGCCUGGUUUUGCACCUCUUACAUCUCGUAGCAGUCAGCUUUACCGACUAUUAAGUGUCUCCGAUCUUACCCAACAAAUGUUCGAUGCUAAGAAUAUGAUGGCUGCUUGUGACCCUCGACAUGGACGUUAUCUCACUGUGGCAGCAAUGUUCAGAGGAGAGAUGUCCAUGAAGGAAGUAGAUGAACAAAUGCUUGCAGUACAGAAUAAAAACAGUGCAUAUUUUGUCGAGUGGAUUCCAAACAAUGUCAAAACAGCUGUCUGUGAUAUUCCUCCAACUGGACUUAAAAUGUCUGCCACUUUCAUUGGUAAUAGCACAGCAAUUCAAGAGAUUUUCAAGCGUAUUUCUGAACAGUUUACAGCCAUGUUCAGACGAAAGGCAUUCCUGCAUUGGUAUACUGGAGAAGGAAUGGAUGAGAUGGAAUUCACCGAGGCUGAAUCUAAUAUGAAUGAUCUUGUGUCUGAGUACCAACAAUACCAAGAAGCCACUGCAAAUGAGUCAGAUGAAUAUGAUGAUGAAGAGUGUUAUGAAAAUUAA